AUGGCGACCGCGAAGCCCGUCCUGUACAACGCCUGGAUCAGCUCCUGCUCCCACCGUGUUCGCAUCGCACUAAACCUCAAAGGUGUGGAUUACGAGUACAAGUCAGUAAACCCCAGGACAGAUCCAGAUUAUGAAAAAAUCAAUCCAAUCAAAUAUAUUCCAGCAUUAGUAGAUGGGGACAUAGUCGUUUCCGAUUCUCUCGCUAUCUCAUUGUAUUUGGAAGAUAAAUAUCCUGAGCAUCCUCUCCUGCCUAAAGAUCUCAAGAGGAAAGCUCUUAAUCUUCAGAUUGCAAACAUUGUUUGUUCAAGCAUUCAACCUCUUCAAGGCUAUGCCGUUAUUGGUCUGCAUGAGGGUAGGAUGAGCCCAGAUGAGGGCCUUCAUAUUGUUCAAACUUAUAUUGACAAGGGAUUCAGAGCGAUCGAAAAGCUCUUGGAAGGAUGUGAGAGUAAAUAUGCUACUGGAGAUGAUGUCCAAUUGGGAGAUGUGUUUCUUGAACCACAGAUACAUGCUGGCAUAAAUCGCUUCCAAAUCGAUAUGUCGAAGUACCCGAUCUUGGAGAGGCUCCAUGAUGCAUACAUGCAAAUUCCAGCAUUCGAAGCUGCGCUUCCUAAAAAUCAGCCAGACGCACCUUCAUCAUAA